AUGUUGCGACAAUUUGGGUCAAUAACAACAGAAGUCAUUGACAGAUUACAUAAGUGAGUAUUUCAUUGAGGACAUAAGGGAAAACAGGUGUUGGAUUUGACGAGUCCUAUUCUUGUCACUACAGCACUUGGAUUUUGUAUCUGAGCUGAAACUGUACAAAAAAAUUAAAACAUAAAGAUACUUGGUCUCUACUUAAAUUUACUAGCUAUCAAUUUAUUUUAGAUUAACUAACAAACAUCAUCGGAUAAUUAAAUUAAAUUUGAAACUAAAUGAGUUUGAAAACACAGUUUGAAAAAUCUGUUCUGAAUCAUGCAUAUUCUAUCCCAAACAUGCCAAAUUCUUUCAAAAUUUUUCUUUAACUAAUAGCAGAGUUAUCUAAACAAAAUGACCCACUCUCAGAACUUCCAAACAUUUUACAGUCUUUUAUAAUAAUUUUUUGCGUGUAAAUGAAUGUUUUUUAAUUGUUCUUUAACUGUAAAGCAUAUGCAGAAAUAACCAAUUCUUUAUAGUUAUGGAGCAUCAUAAAUCUUGGAGCUGAUGACAUAUCUUUAUUAUAGACAGCUGGAAACGUGUCCUGCGGAAAACACAGAGCUCCCAGACCCAAGGGGCUUAAAAGUUAGCCUAAAGCCUCAUCAAAGACAUGCACUUGCCUGGUUGGCAUGGCGUGAACAGCAGAUACCCCCCGUGGGCAUUUUAGGUAUUAUUUGAUAAAACUAUUUAUGAAAAUAAAUCAACUAAAAUGUUCACUUGAUCAUUCAAAUGUACGGACAAAUUAAAUGCAGACUACUGUAACAUAAAGAGCGACAAGUCCAGAAGAUUUGAUAUAAGUCAUGCAGUCAAAAAAGUGUAAUAAGUACCUCUGUGCAAUAUCUGAUUGAAAAAGUGCAAGGUAUUUUUAUGGGAAUAUUAUUUAUAAAUAAUGAAAAAUAAACAUAUGUAGAAGGUAGCAAUUAGAUGCAUCCAUGAAAUGUUAUUGUUGAAAAAAUUAUAACAACCUUUUCCAAAAGAACAUUUCCCAAAAUCUACUACAUACUGCCUAGUGUGACUUUGUUUGAAAUGUUUCUAAAUUAUGGUUCGAGUUUUAAAAAGCCUUUAUUCAGUAGGCUGCCCUUUCAAACAUCUAUUACAGGAAGUUUUCGGUGCGCUUUUGUUUUACGCAAGCUCUGCUCGGUUUUGUAUUAAGGAAAAAAACUUCAUGGCGUUGUAUAAAUGGGGGGAGGGGGAUGGGGGGGGGGCUUACUAUUAGAUUAGAAUUAUUUGUGGCUUGCCUAAAAGUUGCUUUGGCGUACCUUGAAAAAGGGGGGGGGGUACCAUUCCCGUUGGUGCUUUUACUUAUAUGUAUCACCAACUUUAUAUAGUAAAUGUGUGUGGGUAACGGAGAAUCGCUAGUUUGUGAUUUAGUUCCCAAUUAGCAAUUAGUAAAACUACUUCACUGAAUGGUGGGAUCAAUUUAUGAAUAUAGCAAUAUCUCGGAGCAAUUUCAGUCCAUAUUUCCCUUUUUAUAUCAAAGUAUGUGUAUGAUGUACCUUCAUUAAAAGCUUUUUAGACUUAGAUGACACACACAAUACGUUUCUGUCUAAAUUUGAUUACUGACAUCAGAUAAUGACACAGUAGUGUUCCAUUGAAAAGUGGUGCAAGACACUGACAAAGAAAAAUAUAAAAUAUCAUGUGAUUUUAGUUAUAUCUAUUACUUAUAUACCUUAUAUUAAAAAAUAAAUAUUUUUUAAUGAAAUGUUUAUAUAUGUAUUUUCCUGAUUUAUGUGUCUUUUAUAUAAAGAUGAUUAUUUGUCUGACUAGGCUUGAAUUUUUUUAACAAAUCCCAUUCUGGGCCAUUGGCCAAAAUGUUUUUUUCCCUCUCUUUUAUUAGCUAAACAAAUAAAAUUACAAUAAAUGAAUAGAUGUAGACGAAACAUGUUACACAUGUCAUUGAAUGUCUAUACUGGAGAGCUGGACUCUAUGAAAAGCAUAAUAUUCACCACCAAUAAUUUCAUUUAUUUGAAGAAAAAAAAAAUUAUCUUACAUUUUUCAACUGAUUUUAAUGGGACAAUUGUUUUAAAUUUUAACUUGGAUAUUUAUCUGAUUAAUUAUUGAGCUUUCCUAUGUUAGUGAUAAUUAAAACGUCACAUUAUAGUACGGGUCCCUACGGGGUGGGGGUUGGGGGGGGGGCUUAAUUUUAACUUAAUUCUAAAAAACGUCUACAGAACAUCAUUUUGUUUUAGAUGUUGUAGUAUUGAUAUAAUAAUAACAUUAAUGAUUAAAUUUUUACAAGUUGUUUGAAUUUAUAUAUAUAUAUAUGUAUAUAUAUAUAAUAUAAUAAUAAAAUUAAUGAUUAAAUUUUUAUAAGUUGUUUGAAUUUAUAUAUAUAUAUAUAUAUAUAUAUAUAUAUAUAUAUAUAUAUAUAUAUAUAAUUUUUCGUCAGUUUCUAUAUUGUUCCACAUAUAUUUAAAAAUUAUGAAAAUGUCAGAGGAACCAAAAGUUUAUGGAAAUUUGUCAUAAUUUUUUAUAUUAUAUAUUUCUAUAAUUGCCUGGGUAUUUUUUUUUUUUCAGUAUCGAUGAAUAUAUCUUUACAAGUGUACCAAAGUUUCUACAUUAAUCUAGAAUGUUCGAUUUUUUAAAGGGUUUUGAAGAUUACAUAAAUGUCAUUUUUAUGUUUCUUAUAUUUUUAUAAGUCUCUAUGAUUUACCUCUAAUGUUAUAAAAGCUGAUUUGAAGAUAUUCUUGACAUUUUCAAAUGAGUGUAGAAGGCUCUGCAAUGUAUUUUCCUUUAUAACAGCCAUAGCAAAAGCUUUUGUGUUUUAUAACCGAUUUUACUGGGAACAUUUUUAAAAUAAAGUUUGUUUGUUAUCAAACUUAAAAUAAUCACUGCUGUUAAAUAUGAAAGAUUAAGUUCUUUUAGCUUUGAAGAUUUUUUUUUAAGGCAACUGACAACAUCUUUGCAACUUCCUUCGGAUUUAAUGGGGUAAAUUUGAAAAAUUCACUAUUUAUUGAAUUUUUUUUAUAGUGCCCUUAUCUUAGAGCCCUUUUUAGAAUCGGUAUUCUAAUUUAUUUUAACUGAUAGACAGUAAUAGCUUUUGCAUUGGUGAAUACCAUUUUUUUUUAAAAUAAACAGUAAGAUAUCUUUUAAAUAUUAGAUUUGACUUUAAAUCGUGGAUUUUGGCUGUGCCCAGUUUGAAUAUUAACAAAACUGGAUGAAGCUAAAACUCAGUGUUUAUUAGAGUUAUUAUAAAUCUGGCUUUUUAUUGGAGAACAUUUUUAGUUUUAACUGGCACUCUAGCAAAUUGUUUUUGACGUGGCCCUACAUUUACAUGUACACUGAUAGGCCUACGCUUAGGAAGUUAUUUAUAAUUAUUUAUUUUUUUAAAUAUUUUUUUUGUGUGCAAAAUACUAACCCGAGCAAACACCGGGUAUAUUGGCUAGUAAUUAAUAAAACUGGCUUACAAAAAAAAAAUGAGUUUGUGAUUGAUUAAUCCAGCUGAUGAUAUGGGCUUGGGAAAGACCCUAACCAUGAUAUCCCACAUCCUGAGACUGAAAGUAGCAGCAGAAAGACUUGGAAAGGAAGAAUGGCUUAGCAGAAAGAUUCAAAUUGAGAAAA